GACUGUUCUUACUUUUACAAAUCUCCCAUAAUCCCUUGCGCGGGUCCGUUCAUUGACAUGACAACUUCUGCUUGGUGGAGUAUCUUGCCUGAAAAGAGUCUUGGGUGAUAUACACGUGGGGAGUUUGAACACAUCGCUUCUUCGCUAAAGGUUUAGAUCCAAAUCUGACGAUGGCGAGUGAGGACGUGGAGCGGCUGCUGAUCCAGUUUCAGGAUGAGGAGGGGGAGGUUCUGGGAUCACCUUUUGAUGUGCCUCUAGACAUCACCCCUGACAAACUACAGCUGGUCUGUAAUGCACUUCUACAGAAGGAAGAGCCUGUGCCACUGGCAUUUUUUGUGCGUGGAGAGGCAGAGGUGGUGUCCAGUCUGGGGUUGUGUGUGAAGGCUCUUCAUAUCGAUACCGAGCAGGUCCUGCCCAUUGUGUACCAGCCUCAAGCUGUGUUCAGGGUACGAGCUGUGGCCCGCUGUACCAGCACGCUGCAGGGACAUACAGAAGCUGUCAUCUCAACUGCUUUCAGCCCCACCGGGAAAUAUCUUGCCAGCGGGUCAGGUGAUACCACAGUGCGUUUUUGGGACUUGACUACUGAGACGCCCCACCACACUGCCAGAGGACACACACAUUGGGUACUGACCAUCAGCUGGUCUCCAGAUGGCAAGAAGCUGGCUUCAGGGUGCAAGAACAGUCAGAUCUGUCUGUGGGAUCCAGUGACGGGUACUCAGUUGGGGAAGACUUUGAUUGGACACUCCAAGUGGAUCACAUGGCUCAGCUGGGAACCUCUUCACCUUAACCCAGAGUGCCGGUACUUAGCCAGUAGCUCUAAGGACGGCUCAAUACGUGUCUGGGACACCGUGUUAGGACGCUGUGAGAAAAUUCUGACCGGACACACUCAGUCAGUAACCUGUGUGAAGUGGGGAGGAGAUAGCCUUCUUUACACUUCUUCCCAGGACCGAACUGUCAAGGUCUGGAGAGCCAAAGAUGGCGUCCAGUGCAGGACUCUGCUGGGUCACGCCCACUGGGUGAACACCCUGGCUCUCAGCACAGACUACGUCCUGCGCACUGGAGCCUUUGAACCUGCAGACGCCACUAUCAACCCCAAGGACCUGACUGGAUCAUUGGAAGAGCUGAAGGAAAAGGCUUUGCAGAGAUAUAAUAAAGUUAGGGGUUCAGCUCCAGAGCGCUUGGUGUCCGGCUCAGAUGAUUUCACCUUGUUCAUGUGGAACCCUGCAGAAGACAAAAAGCCUCUGGCCAGGCUGACGGGUCACAGCGCUCUGGUCAACGAGGUGCUCUUCUCCCCAGACACCAGGCUCCUCGCCUCUGCCUCAUUCGACAAGUCCAUUAAAAUCUGGGACGGACGCACUGGAAAGUACUUAAUAUCCCUGCGUGGCCAUGUGGGUUCUGUGUAUCAAGUGGCUUGGUCAGCAGACAGCAGGCUGCUGGUCAGUGGCAGCAGCGACAGCACGCUUAAAGUUUGGGACAUCAAGACUGGGAAGCUGAAUAUGGACCUGCCUGGCCACGCUGAUGAGGUUUAUGCAGUGGACUGGAGUCCUGAUGGACAAAGAGUGGCCAGCGGCGGGAAAGACAAAUGUCUAAGAAUAUGGAGAAGAUAGACACCUCUACUCUCCCUCCUAACUUCGGCAGAGGAUCCCACAUCUUCUCCUCUCAGGAAGCCCGACAGCUGGAGCAAAGGUGGCUAGGCUGAACCUAAUCCCCCAUUGGGCUUCGUUACACUGUCGCUGAUAGCAUUGUAUCAAGGGGCGCUAACCUCGUCAUGAUGGAAAAGCCCUCUAAGGUUUGAUACCUAUGUGAGAAUAAUAACGACGCAACGCCCUAAAGCUGAGUGGGAAUGUAAAACUGGGGAGUUUCGAAUCAUCAGAACCUACAUCCAUGGAGAUCAUUACUAAGAGGCUACACUGUAAAAACUGUAAAAUGUAGGUCAGUGUUAGCAUCUCAAAUUCAAAGGGUUCCCAUUGAUGUGCUUAUUGUUUUUGUUCAGUAUGGCCCUGACAUGUAAAAAACUUACUCCUAAGUUUCAAUCAUAGUGCCAUGCUUGUAUGCAUGAGCCACAAUCAUUUUUAUGUAUUUAAUUAUAAAUACAGAAUAUAAUCUUAAGUAAUGAAUGAGAUGAGAUGUAAAAAGGAUUUAGCCCUACUAGAGGAACUAUAUACUGCAGGUGAAAGGUGGAUGGAUGUGGCAACAGGUGGGAGUGUUUAAUACCUUCCCCUGUGAUUUUAAAUGACGUCCGCGCUCGCCCUGCACCUUCAGCCUUUAAUCUUCUCUGCCAGCAAAGCCUCAGUCUGCUUCCUCUUUUUUUUUUCUGCAACCAGCUCCGAUCUCUCUGAUCCAUCACUGAUAGCAUUGUGUCAAGGGGCGCUAACCUAGUCAUGAUGGAACAGACCCACGUGAGAAUAAUAACGAUGCAACGCCCCAUUGUGGAAAAACCAGGUCCACCAUUCCAGCAAAGAUAACCUGUCUGUAUUCGACCCGCUUUUUGAAUAUUUCAUAUGAAUAAAUAUUUACAUCAAA